AAAGGACUGACCCAUCGGUCUCAAGUUAACAGAUCGAGCCUUUCACCACCGAGAUGUUUGCUCUGCAACACUUUAUGGUGAUUCCUGUGCUGACAUUCCUCGGGCAAAAUGUAUUUGGAAGUGAAAUUAUUAAUGGGGAAAUAGCCCCAGACAACAAAAUGUUGUAUAUGGCAUCAGUGCAGGAUUUUGAUGGCAACCAUAUUUGUGGAGGAUUUCUCGUGUCUGAGAACUUUGUAUUGACUGCUGCACACUGUGACGACCACCCCAUCGUGAAACUUAAACGCGUAGUUCUUGGUAACCACAAUCUCAAGAAGGCUGAUAAGAACAUGAGGAUUGCCAUUAAAUGCAAACACAGAAAUUAUAACAAUGUUUCACUUGAAAAUGACAUCAUGCUUUUAAGACUGUCUACACCUGUCCAACCAAGCAAAACAAUUCAAUUCAUUAAACUUCCCUUCAGUGAAAUGACAUUAAAUGAAAAUGAGAAGUGCCAAGUGGCUGGAUGGGGCAAGACAAACACUUACGGUAGAAGUGUUGACGACCUGAGAGUGGUGGAUGUGUCUGUCAUCAGCCCACAAGUCUGCAGGGAAAGAUGGGGUCAUCUUCCUCCCAAGAUUAUCUGUGCAGGUGGAUACAAAACACCAAAAGGAUUCUGUCAGGGUGAUUCUGGUGGCCCUCUGGUCUGCAAGGGAAUGGCUGUCGGUAUUGUUUCUUACAACAAAGGCAUUCCAGGAACCAAGCUGGGAAACUGUAACUAUCCGGAUGUCCCCAAUGUCUAUACAGAUAUCUCAAAACACCUUGACUGGAUCAGGAUGAUUCUCCAGGGAAAAAAAUACAAAAACCUUUGCGUCAGCACACUGUAAGUGUGGAAGCUGUGCCUCUGUCAGCGUUUGCUCUCAAUGCAGAAUAAAGAAAAUGUUUCAAAUAUUGUUUUCUUACACAAAGCUUUGCUUCAAACACACUGUGUUUACAGGAAGCUGUGCCUCUGUCAGUGUUUGCUCUCAAUGCAGAAUAAAGAAAAUGU